UUCUCUCUUGUGCUUUCUCGGAAAGAUGUUUGCUCUCCUGGGCUUAGUGGCUACCUUGCUGACCCUUGGAGCUGCAGCUCCACUACAGGAAGCAAAGAGCCGCAACAAACUUCUCCUGGUCUCUUUUGAUGGUUUUCGGUGGAAUUAUGACCAGGAUGUAGAUACUCCCAAUCUAGAUACCAUGGCCAGAGAUGGGGUGAAGGCAAAGUAUAUUACACCUCCCUUUGUCACCCAGACAAGCCCGAUCCAUUUCACUCUGGUUACAGGACGAUACAUUGAGAAUCAUGGGGUGAUUCACAAUAUGUGGUUCAACACCACCACCGGGCAGAAGCUUGCUUAUUAUACCACCCAGGGGAGGUCUGACUGGUGGGACAACGGGAGCCUCCCAAUCUGGAUCACAGCGCAAAGGCAGGGCUUGAAGACAGGGUCCCUCUUCUUCCCUGGAGGGAAUGCAACCUACCAAGGUGAACAGGUCAAUGUUAAGAAGGUGGAGAAGCUCCUUCACAAUUAUGGCAAUGAGACUGAAUGGAAGGGGAACAUUGACAUGGUCAUGAAGUGGUUCUCUGAGGAUGAUCUUGACUUUGUUGCCCUUUACUUUGGAGAGCCUGACUCCACAGGUCACAAAUAUGGCCCAGAAUCCCAGCAAAGGAAGGACAUGGUCAGUCAGGUGGAUCGGGCAGUGGGUUAUUUGAGACAGCGUAUAUUGGACUAUGGCAUGACAUCGACACUCAACCUGAUCAUCACCUCUGACCAUGGCAUGGAAACAGUAAUCAAAGAAAAUGAAAUUGUCCUCCGCAAUGUAGCAAACUUUUCCUUUUCAGACAUUCAGUUUGAGAUGCUAGAUUACGGGCCACAAGGGCUACUGGUGCCAAAACCAGGGAAACUGGAACAAGUUUAUGAAGUCCUGAAAACAGCUCACAGCAAACUCCAUGUCUAUAAGAAGGAGGAAUUCCCAAAGAGAUUCCACUAUGCCAACCACACUCGCGUCACCCCACUGGUAUUGUAUGGAGACCCUGGAUACGUGAUCAAUGGGAGACUCAAAGUGCAAUUCAAUAAGGGGGAGCAUGGUUUUGACAAUGAAGAUAUGAACAUGAAGACCAUUUUCCGAGCUGUGGGACCAGCUUUUGAGAGAGGGCUGGAAGUGGAACCAUUUGAAAGUGUGGAUGUUUAUGCUCUCCUCUGCAAACUGCUAGAGAUAGUUCCUGAGCCACACGAUGGAAACGUGAAUGCCACGCAGGCAAUGCUGGCCAAAAGUGCAGGGACCAGUCUGACUUCUCUGAACACUUGGAAACUGGCGUUGGCUUUGGGCUUGAGUACCUUUCUGAGACUCACAACUGGUAUUUCGGGUGGUAUGUUUUUGUAAGACUUUUCACCAGCUUCCCACGAGAGACAUCAGCCAGUGAUAAUAAGUGUUGCAGCACCUGGCUAGAACAAGAAGACAAUCCCAAUGAGCAACAGAAUGGAAUCAGGAAACACCUCCCAAGGUUUCUCUUGGAUCUAUAAAGAAACUUAUUGUGUUCAUUCCUCACAGCAGGCACACCUGUAUGAAUUGAAACAACUCUAAUGAGUUGAUCCCUUUCUGGUUAUGAAAUGCCCUCAAGCACACCAACUCUUGACAUACUAUCAAUCAAGACACACAAUGUAUGAAAUAAUUAGGAUGCAGAAAAAAAACAGUGUUGAUAUAUUUGGAUCACAAUUGCCCCCACUGAGUGUUUUUUUCCUGCUUCAGCUUACUUCAGGGAUGAGAAACCAAGGUGCCAUGUUAGGUACGAAUGACUGCAAAGCUGAGCAAAGGAAAGCCAUGGACACUUCACUGCUAUAUGCAUCCAUCUUUUAUUUCUGCUGAAACUAUUGUCCACUUUCUGAAACAGAGAAAGGAGACAGGUAGAUGGGUUAUGUGGAGAGCAGCACCAAGUUCACAAAUUGGCCAGUGCUAUCCUUCAAGGAACAACCAGGUAUUGUGAGCAGAUUGCCCAGGGAGAUCAUCCAAGGCAGCCUACCCACAAUGCCUGGUUCACAAAAAGAACCUCUCAGAACCAGGCAUUUGUGUCUGCUCCAGAUUCAGACCAGUCAUGCCAGAAGCCCUUCUGUUGUGAGAGCAAGAAAUGGCAUGGUCUGCAACACUACAUUGGUUAAGGUGGCAACCUGGUUGUGUCUACUGAAUGGGUUGAGAAUUUAAUGCACCCCCACCUAUCCCUAUGAUAAUUCUCACAUCUCUUCUUUGUUGGAGCUGCGCUGCUAGAGAAAGGAGACCUGGAGCAUGGUCUGAGCAAAAUGGGACACCCAAUCUACAGGAUCCAAAGGCCUCUCAGCCCAUAUCUAUAAGGGGAUAACCACCAGAACAGAAGCUCAAAUUUUAUUUUAUUUUUUACUCAAAUAGGUAAAUCUCAGGAUUUUGAAUCUCAGGGAAAGAGGGCUGUUCUGGAAAAAAGGUUUGUUUUCGAUUCUAUUUUUUCGUGGCUCCCAUUAAUUCAGGCUCCUUUGGAUUAGCUGCUAUAGACUCUUCAGAGGACUCUUCCUUUUCCCUCUCUCCUGUGUCUCUUUUAUUAGACUGAUAUAUUUUAUGUUUUGACUUGUUGUGCUUAAUGACACCACCAUAUCCUACCCCCACCUGUGUGACAUUACCAGACACUCCACCUCUCAGAUUUUGGGUGUGCGAUUUCAGAGAUGUUCCUGCCCUGGCAACCAUAGAAAGAAAUA